GAUGGACUAGCAAUUGCAACAGCCUGGAAGGUCAAAAUACUUCAGAUUGAGUUCUCUUGUGGUAGUAUGGCAGCAGCGUUCCUAAAUGGCAAGGAUGCAAACUCUCUCCUCAAACGUUUUCCACGGGCUAAUGGCUUCCUGGAGGAGUUCCGGCCGGGCAACAUUGAGAGGGAGUGUGCUGAGGAGAGCUGCAGCUUUGAGGAGGCCAAUGAAGUGUUUGAAAAUAAAGAGCGAACGAUGGAGUUCUGGAAAAACCGCAGCAUCUACACAGUGAACAGCAAUGCUGAUUCCCGCUCGGAGCGCCCGGACGCUGUGUACAUGGUGGUGCCCCUACUGGGCGUGGCUCUCCUCAUCAUCAUUGCGCUCUUCCUCAUCUGGCGCUGUCAACUGCAGAAGGCCACACGUCGGCGUCCGGCCUACACCCAGAACCGCUAUCUGGCUAACCGUAACGCCCGCAGCCUCCCGCGCAUCCUGGUGCACCGGGACCCUCCCUCGCAUUCAGAGAACUCUCACGCCAAUGACAGGCCCAGCGUGGUGGUCAGCAGUGCCCAGAGGGGCGGGGCUUCAGUCAUGCCGCAAGAUGCCCAUCAUCACGCCAGCCACUCUCAGAACAAUCGCUCCCUGUACGUGCAAGAUUCGUCUUUGUCCGUGGCUUCCCACCUGUCCGGGGCAACCCCACCGCCAUCCUACGAGGAAGUUACCGGCCACUUAGAGAGCAGCAGCGAUGAGACGACAGCCCCCUACAGUGAUCCUCCACCCAAAUAUGAGGAGAUAGUGCUAGAAAAGUGAGAGUUUUCAUAAAAGAGGACACAUAUAGUGGUAACCAAACAUUAGGGAUACACUGGUUCCCAAGCACUUAUCCUAAUGUGGCUCUCACACUAAACAGAGUGUGCAGGCUAUGUAUGUGACGGUCUCCUUGUGUCGUUGAUCGGUUUGUGGACUGCACUGGUAAACGUGGUUGUUUUUCAAGUCGCAAAGGGUCCUACUACCUUCACGCUCAUGCGGUCUUCUCACCAUUUCCGUGUACCUUCACUCCACCUUCAACCUCUCACACCGCAACCCACGGCUGCAACGGCUGCCCUUCAGAACGAGAAUGUAUAGAAGUGAAGAAGAGAUAUUGCCAAGUUGUGCGCUGCAUGGUAAUCGCAUCGGGCAUCAAGCUUUAGAGCCUGCUAGGAAUCGAAAGGAGCGUUCAUGUGGGAAAACAAGAUGAUGUGCCAAAUCUAAUUGGUGUAUCGUAGAAAUGUUCAGACACGGAAUAUUUAUAGAGUGUGCGUGCUGUCCUUUCUUGUGCUUAUAAAUUUGUGAUUUCAUAGAUUCCCUUAUACCAGCAGUAUCUCUGAUCCAUGCCAACGUCCUUAGAAUUAGUAAUACAUGUAAACUGUAACACUGAUGGGAACAAAACAAAUGCAAAAUACAACAUCCAAGUCACAUAUUUGUAAAAUUGAAUAUGGCGAUUACACCGUCGUUUGGAAAAUGCACUCAAAGGUAUGCACACAGUUUGAUUGUUUACAGCCACAUACACAGAAAUUUACAUAGACUGUAAUGCGUUUGUUUCGUAUGGAGCUGGGCCUUAGAAACACAGAGUAGUCAAUCAAAUCGUCUGCUCAGCUGCUUGUGAUUUUACGGUCAUUGAGAGAUUUUACCUCAAACGCUGUGCUCACACAAUCACUCUCCAAGACACAAAUGCACAAAAACUCACACAAAAUACUGUGUUUGGGGCUCAAUCAUUGGAUAAUACAACAUUCCAGGCCCUCGAUUUUCUUGUUUUGUUGUUCUCCCCAUCGUACUCAGACUGUUUACAAUGCGUUUUAUUACUCUUUUUUUUAUUUUUUAUAACAGCAUAAAAACUGUGUGAAUUUGUACAAAGCUUUCUGUGGCUUUUGACAUCACCAGGUGCUAUACUGUACUAUAAUGCUGCUUGUUCUCACCUUGUUUUCCUCCUCAUCACUAUCUCUCUGUGUAUAAGGCUUGUGCUCUAACUGGUCAGCCAAACUGCCCAUCUAUUACAUGCAGCUGAAUCAUCUUUUCCAGCUCAGGUUUAAGCCAAUGAACUGCUGCCAUUGUAGUAAAUGUGUAAACAAUAUCUCACACUGCCAACCUUUCAGUGACUAGGAUAUUUGACUUGUGCGGUCACAUUUACCAGUGUUCUGUGAAUUUUCGCGGGCAAAAUGCAGUUAUUUUUCGUGAGAGCGUAAGAUUGCCCUAUGCAGAUUUCGCAACGUGUUCAAGCUGGUCACUCUCAUUAGCCACACUGACCAACAGAAAGAUGCUUGGUUUGAAAGUGACUUCUCUGUGAGCUGUGCUUCAUAUAU